ACUUUUUUGACGGUUAGAUGGGCGCAUGCAUACAAGGAAUUCGUGAAUGCUUCCAUCUACUACGACAUGCGCUCUGUUUUACGACCGACGAGCCGAGCUGCCCACUUCAACUAUGCCACGCCUCACAGCCUGUUCAAAUCGCCAGCACUCAUCUGCCCUGCGCUCCAAGGGUACCCGAUAAUACCGCCUUGCAGUCGCCCCAAAUCCGCCCCUUCUUCCACAAGAUCAUUCUCAACACCGAGACCAAGAUAUCAACAAGUUGCGCUGCCUGCUGAGUUUUCCGGUGAAUCGGCCUCCGAACAGAAUCCUUCUGCGCCUCCUCCCCUUAAACAAAAUCUUCCACGGACCUGUCCAGGAUGCGGAGCGCCGACACAAAUCCACGACGCGAAUGAGGCAGGGUACUAUAAUGUUAGGAGAAAUGCUAUAAAGGAAUAUCUUGAAUAUGACGCAGAAGAAACAGAGACGGUUCUAGAAGACGACGUUUACAACAGAGCAUUGAAGCAGAUGGAUCCAAAGCAGCUGGAAGAACUGGGCAUGACUAGAGAAGUUCUCGAUGCAGGCAACCGUAUAGAAAAAAAGGCACCAGACACGCCGGUCUGCGAUCGUUGCCACAAACUCGUUCAUCAUCAUGCCGGGGUACCAAUUUUCCACCCGUCGGUUGAAGCUAUCCAGCAGACCAUUGCCGAAUCGCCACAUAGGCGCAAUCACAUCUACCACGUCGUAGAUGCUGCCGACUUCCCCCUCUCUCUUAUUCCGACGCUUCAAACUUCUCUACGAUUACCUAAACUGCGAUCUCAAAAUCGUCGGGCUAAGCAUAAAGGAUGGGUGGCUAAUGAUCGCAUUGCUGAAGUCAGCUUCAUCAUCACACGAUCUGAUCUGUUGGCGCCCAAGAAGGAACAGGUAGAUGCUCUCAUGCCCUACAUACAAGAAGUGCUCAGGGAUGCACUUGGAAGGACAAACAAACUGGCCCGUCUCGGUAACGUCAAAUUGGUCAGCGCGCAUCGAGGAUGGUGGACAAAGCAAGUAAAAGAGGAUAUCUGGGAACGUGGAGGCGCGGGGUGGUUGGUUGGCAAAGUCAACGUUGGGAAGUCAAACCUUUUCGAAUUUGUCUUUCCAAAAGGCAGAGGUGCGGACUAUCAGGAUUUGCGCAAGCUCCGCUCUGCCGCUGAACGAGAGGCGAUGCUGGACGCCGCCGAAACCAUGGACGAACUAACAAAAGUCCGUCAAGAACUCGCCAAAGAGGACGAAGAGUUCGACCGGCGCCAGAAACUUGCACAACAGCAUGCCCUCCCGCCCCAAAAACCUCUUACGUCAAGAGAGAUACUCCAAAGAGAAGCAGAAGAGGAGGAGAGAAAAGAAGAAGAAGAAGAUGAGGAAGAUUUUGACCCCGAUGCGCUUCUUCCUCCACCUCAGCCAUAUACCCCCUACCCAGUUCUCCCCGUCGCUUCCUCUCUUCCAGGAACAACCGCAUCUCCCAUCCGCCUUCCAUUCGGACGCGACCGAGGCGAACUAGUCGAUCUUCCUGGCCUCGCGCGCACUAAUCCUGGCCUCGAAACCUUCGUUGAGCCCUCCUCGCAGAAGUCGCUGGUCAUGACCUCGCGCAUAAAUGCCGAACGCUUCGUCCUCAAGCCAGGACAAUCCCUCCUGUUAGGCGGAGGACUCAUUCGCAUCACGCCAACCACUCCAGAUCUCAUCUUCCUUAUACACCCCUUCGUGCCCAUUGAACCUCACGUCACCCGCACCGACAAGGCCAUAGCGUUGCAAACACAGUCCAGUGAUCGUCACGUCCCCUCGAUUCUUACCCGAAACGUCGGUGAGCAAAUGCACUCAGCUGGCCGCUUCAAACUCAAGUGGGACGCUACCCGCAAACUCUCGGGGCCCUUAACAUCCUCAACCGCCGGUAAACUACGUCCAGAGAACCUCCCCUUCCGCGUAUUCAGCACAGAUAUCCUCAUAGAGGGCGUCGGUUGGGUCGAAGUUUCGGCGCAGUUACGUCGCCCACAAGGCUGGAGGGCCCCCGGCAUGGUGAAAAAAGACGCCAACCACGCGCGCGAGGCAAAACUCGCGGCUUUCAAGUCAGCUGCUGAGGAGCGGAACGCGAAACAUGAGGCAAAGCUGCGAGGAGAGGAGUACAUCAAGACAGAGCCGUCUGAAGAGGAGCUUGCGGACGUUGCUGAAUUCCCUGAGAUCGAGGUCUUCAGUCCGCUGGGCAAGUUUGUUGGCGCAAGAAAGCCUAUGUGUGCGAGUGUAGUCAGCGGGCCUAAAUUCGUUGCCAGCCGCGACCGUUCUUCGCGACCGAGACGCAGUAUGAAGAGUGUCAAAUCGCAGAGAAAGCCGGCUGCUAAGGAUUGA